AUGGCAGACAGGUUUCUUGGAAAAUUGGUAUACAUUGAUGAGUAUAACAAUGUUUGCAGUCAACUCAAUGUGCCUAAGUCUGAAACAGGGAACAUUUUGUCAGAGAUAAUCAAGUCUAAGUUCAAUCAUUUUAUAACAAACAAGAUUCAAGUUGAUCAGAGUGACACCAAUGUCGUAAAUAUGCCUGUUGCAUUGAAUGAGGCAAAUAACAAUGAAGGAACCAAAACAACCCACACAGAACCUUUAUACACUCAAGAAACACCAACUACUCCUACAGUGAAUCCACCUGUAGACAUAUACCUAAAAAGCAGACAACAAAAUGAAGAGUUAGAUGAACUAAGUGCAAGUGUAGAAAGGAUCGGAUUUGUUGGGCUCACCAUACAUGACGAACUCCUUUCACAGGAGAAAAUUAUAGAGGAUUUGGGUUCAGAAAUGGAAAGUACAUCUAAUCGUCUUAAUUUUGUUCAGGUGAUAGAUGGGACAAGAAUGGACCUCACCUAUAAAUAA